CGAUGUGAAAGCCACGGGAACUAUGAGAAGACCGUCGCUGCCUCCCACAACCAAACGCAAACUUCUUUUCCACACAUACGCAGUGAUAACCACACUGCUAGUCUUCGACUUUUGCUUAAAUGCGCACUGGAUAACGUCCUUUGGUAUAACCGAUGAAUACCAACGGAUUGCGAAGACUGCUGGGGAACCGGAAGGUUGGCUUGGUUCGACCCCGGCGCACCAUCACAAUGUCAGCACCCAGAGUUCCAUCAAUCAACAACUAUCUACAUCAUUCAUUAAAUCUGUGUCCAAGGAUGCGGAUAGGAGAGACGACACCGCGCUACGGACAGCGCCCGAGGAAUCGUCGCCUGAGACCCGGACAAGCAUCGCCGUCGCUACCGGCGAGAAAUUACUGCAGAUAAAAGAGAAAUCUUCUACUCCUGCGUGUUCUGAUAAGGAAGUUGUAAAUGGUCGAUGGUUGCAAACAUGGGCCGAAAACCCUCCCUACAUUUCUUCGCACCGUCACUUGCGUUGCUAUCCGGAUUCAUACUACGAACAGUCCCCGUUUCCGUCUUGGGAAUGGCAGCCUUAUUCCUCCGAAUGCUCGUGGACACAAUGGAAUCAAACUGAGUUCUGUGAUCUGGUUCCACGUGGGACGAUUUCGAUUAUUGGCGAUUCUUUGUCGUGGGAGCAAUAUUCGUCUUUACUGCAACUGCUUGGCCAAUCUGUCCGGCAAAGGCACCAACACUGGAGCAAAAGCCGGAACAAAAACCACGUCCAAAUGGCAUGUCGUCAGAAGACUCGUAUCGUUUUCCGAAACGACCCGUACUUGCGACACGUGGGGGAUUCUAUUCAUCAGGAUUUCCCCCAAAUUAUAGUACUCAAUCGCGGUGCACACUUCGUCGACGAUGCUGAGUUGGUCGAAGGUAUGCAACUGAGCAUUCUAGCUAUCCAAGCUUGGCAGGCCAAAUGUAAGCAGCUUGAAUUGCCUUGUCUCUUAAUUUGGCGGACUUCUGUGCCAGGGCAUCCACAAUGUGCAGCACUAAACUUUACAACCCCGAUUAAUGAUCGCGAUGUCAUGGAAAGUCUCAUUUCUGACCGUCGCAACUACGACAAUCAUACUAUCAACUAUCACUGGUACGAUUUUCAGAGGCAAAAUCGCCUUGUUCUUUCGCUGCUGGACAAGGUAGACAACUUUAAGUACACAGCACUGGACGGAUACGCCAUCAAUGUGCUGCGACCUGACGAUCAUCGAUCACACACUGGCGACUGCCUGCACAAUUGUUAUCCGGGAAAGAUGGAUAUUUACAACCAGUGGCUUUUGCAUAUUCUCAAACGGGAGCGCACAGGCUGGGAUAUAAAACGCAUGCCUGAGCUAUUUGAUCGAUACGUUCACAAAACAAGUUUGAGCAAUCGCAACCUCAACGGCAAUACGACUCAAGCCAGCGCAAGAUCUACAUAG